AUGAGGGCCCGCAGAGGCUGCUGGACUUGCGCAGCUCGGAAGAUUCGGUGCGACGGGGGCCUGCCGACCUGCGAGAACUGCGAUAAGGCCCGGCGAGACUGCCAAGGGUAUGGAAUGCGCCUGUCGUGGCCCAGAGACAACGACAAGAGGCGCGCCAUCACGGGGAGUGACGCGCCGUUGGGGGCGAUGUCAUCAACUCGGUCGAGUCACCAGCCUGCGGACCUCUUCUUCGUCAACACGACAUGGCGGGAUAUGGAACUCUACGGCUAUCUGUCCGGGCAGAUGCACGCCUCUCGUCUACUUCCAUCUUCCCCGAGUCUAUGGGGGCAACCACAGCAACAAAAUGUGAGCCACAUGGAUCUCGUCCACUACUUUCAAGAAACCGCCCACCUGUCGUUGGUCACGUUCGGCCAGAGUCCUUUGCGGAUCCGAGACGCGCUCCUAAGCAUGACUCUAGCACACAACGCAGUUCCAGGUCUCGCUAUCCUCCAGGCUUUACUUGCUUUCUCCUCCCUCCACCGCCAUGGACCCAACGAGCAGGCAUCGCGCUUCAAGAUACAGGCACUCCGGUCCCUGUCCGCUUCGGUGGCGGACGAGCCGCUGACCCCGGCAAAGGCCGCCCAUCAGAUGGCCGCGUCCAUGCUCCUCGGGGCUUUCGAGAUCCUCCAACCGUCGGAAGGGUCGGGCGAGUGGCUGUGGCACACGUGGGGGGCCAUGGACACGAUCCAGGCGACGGCCAGGCUCAUGGAUGAACCGCACGAGAGCGAUGUCGGCCACCUGCUCAACUGGGUCUACUACCAUGAGACGCUCUCUCGCUUUGCCGUGCACCACUGGCGCCACAAGUCGCUGGUCCCGGGGAUGUCGCCGAGGAGUCACGGACAGCGAGAUCUCCGGUAUCCGCCCUUGGCGAGACACAGGCCUAACUUGCCCCCCGUGAACCCCACGCACGCGAUAUUGAACCUGCUCUCCGAGAUCUGCGACACCCUGGUCGACCCGCGGGAUCCCCGGAGCCGCGACCGAGAGUACCAGGACCGCCUCGAGGGCCUCCGGCGAAGGAUAGGGGACGCCCCCGCCCCGUCCGCCCCGACCACCGACGCCGCCAUCGCCGUCGAGCUGUACCGGAUGGCGACGCGCAUCUACCUCGCGCGGGCCUCGCAGAGCCCGUGGGAGGCCCCGGCGGACCUCGACCCGCUCGUCGACGCCGUCUUCUCCGGGCCCGCCGUCGGGUCGUGCACCUGCGAGCACUUCUUCCCGCUGCUGAUCCUCGCCUGCGAGGCGCGCCGGGACGAGCAGCGGGCGGCCAUCGUCGGCCUGAUCGAGAGGACGCGGAGGGACGCCCGCAUCCGGAGCAUCCAGGCGGUCAGGGACACGAUCCAGGCCAUCUGGGUGCAGCAGGACCUGCACAGGGACGACGACGUGCUGGUGGACUAUCUCGGGGUCUUGAGCGCCGUCAUCAGCUCGGGCAGCACCCUGCCGUCUUUCGCCUAG